AUGCCUUCGACAACCGCCCUUCCGGUCUUGAAACCGUAUGUCACGCCAGCUCAGACCAAGGACAACUUGGACUGGGCAGAGUUGGAAGCUCUCGACAUCUCUCUUCUGAAACAGCCUGGUGGAAAGCAAGCACUGGCAAACCAAGUCUUGAAUUUUAUCAACAACAAUGGCUUCUUCUAUGUAAAAGGCCACGGACUCACAGAUGAACAGGUCAACCGCCAAUACGCCAUUGCGCAGGCGUUUUUCGAUCUGCCGCUGGAAGAAAAGGAGGAAUAUGCCUGUAACAGCGCGGCGGGGGAUUUUCGCGGCUACAAAGGCCGAUCGACAGGGGAUCUUGCAGCAAGAGAUAAUGAUGAGAGAUACAAUAUUCCCAAGUUCACGCCGGAACAUGAGCGGCCACACCCGCAGCUGAUUAACCAGCAUUACGAGGAGAUUAAAGAGUUUUCUUUGCAUAUCCACAAUAAAAUACUCCUACCGCUGCUUCGUCUAUUUGCAUACGUGCUCGAAAUAGACGAAGAAUACCUUGUCCAAGUUCAUCGCUACGAGGAAAAGGGACUAGAAUAUCUCCGUUAUAUGCAAUACUACCCACGCAGCGCGGAAGAAGAUGCAAAAUUAGGCAACCUGUGGUCCAAGGGCCACACUGACUACAAUACGCUUACGUUUCUCUUUUAUCAGCCGGUGGCAGGCCUUCAAGUGCAGCAGCAGGAUAACACGUGGAAAUACGUCAAGUCAGAGCCAGGGGCAAUCAUCGUGAAUAUCGCAGAUGCACUCGAGUAUUUGAGUGGCGGCUUUCUCAAGUCUACUGUCCACCGCGUUGUGCGCCCACCACCAGACCAAGCCGACAAGCCCCGGCUGGGGUUGAUCUAUUUUGCCAGGCCAGAGGCUGCAGUGAAGAUGAAGCCGGUCCGCAGCCCGCUGUUGGAACGGUUAGGGUUACAAGUCCCCAUAGAUAACUUGAAGGCCCUAGAGGGCGUGACAGCUGAGGAAUGGGCUCGCGCUCGCAUUGCCAAAGAUCAUCGAUUCCGUACCGGUGUUGUCAACCAGCAGGAGACCGAGAUUUUAGGAGGAGUGCAUCAGAAGUACUAUGAUUGA